GAUAUAUCCUAUAGAUAUCAACGUCAGUUUCUGCUCUUUAGUGCUUGUUUUUUUUCAAUCAAAACAUAUAUUUAUUUUGAGUUACUAAAAUAAUUGCAUUCAUAAGAUUCCAUAGUGAUUACACGCCUAUCCACCGGGUCACUGGUGCAUCUCGUUCGGUGACGCAUAAAUCAAACAAAGAAAAUUUUCUUUAUCUGCCAAGAACAGUUACUCACACAGCAACACUCACACACAUACAGACGGACGCACGCCAACAACAGCAAGAGAAGCACAAUUGAAGCGAUCGACUGACCGAAAGAGUAAUUCCACUAGGGUGUGUGUGCAGUACACAACAUUAUGUUCAAUAGGUAUGGGAGCAUUCCUGGAUAAACCGAAAACAGCCAAACACAAUGAUCAGGGCGCGGGCAACAAGCUGCUCUUUGGCGUCAGCUCGAUGCAGGGCUGGCGCUGUGAGAUGGAGGACGCGUAUUUUGCAAAGGCGCGUCUAGGGAAUUCUCUGGAGGAGUGGAGCUUCUUUGCUGUCUUCGAUGGUCAUGCGGGCUGCAAGGUAUCCGAGCAUUGUGCCCAGCAUUUGCUGGAGAGCAUCAUCUCGACAGAGGAGUUCAAGAGCGGUGAUCAUGUGAAGGGCAUACGCACUGGCUUCCUGCGCAUCGAUGAGAAGAUGCGACAACUGCCCGAGUUUACCCAGGAGGAGGAGAAAUGCGGAGGAACAACGGCCGUUUGUGUAUUCAUCAGCUCAACGCAGGUGUACAUUGCCAAUUGCGGCGAUUCGCGAGCGGUGCUGUGCCGCACCGGUGUGCCCGUGUUUGCCACCCAGGAUCACAAGCCCAUUCUGCCCGAGGAGAAGGAGCGCAUACACAAUGCGGGCGGCAGUGUGAUGAUUAAGCGAGUCAAUGGUACACUGGCCGUGUCACGUGCCCUUGGCGACUAUGACUUCAAGAACGUUAAGGAAAAGGGGCAGUGCGAGCAGUUGGUUUCACCGGAACCGGAAAUCUUUUGCCAAAGCCGUCAGGACACCGAUGAGUUCUUAGUCCUCGCCUGCGACGGAAUCUGGGAUGUGAUGAGCAACGAGGAUGUAUGCAGUUUCAUCUACUCGAGGCUGAAAGUGACCACAGAUCUGGUUAAUAUUGCCAAUCAAGUGGUUGACACCUGUUUGCACAAGGGAAGCCGUGAUAAUAUGAGCAUCAUAAUAAUUGCUUUCCCCGGAGCACCAAAGCCAACUGAAGAAGCAAUAGAAUCUGAGCGACGGUUGGAGGAACAAAUCGAGAAGAUUACAAGAGAGGAAAUUGCGAGUAAUAAGGAAACCGAUUAUGUGGAACUGUUAAAGUGUCUACAGAGCAAAGACGACAUUGAAGGUCUUCCACCAGGCGGCGGCCUGCAGUCCAAAUAUCACAUUAUCGAGCGCACAUUCAAGGCGGCAUUUCCGGAUAAACCAUGUGAAAGUCCAACGCAUUAAAUUGCAAACAAACAAAGUCAACAAAUGCAACCACAAGAAUGUAAUAACAACAGUAACUCUACAAAACAAACAAACACACACACAACAAACAAACAAACAACACACACACACCACAACCGUUUUCUACUUUGAUAAAAACAAAAACAAACAAAAAAAAAAAAUGAAAAAGAAAAAACCUACUCCAAAUAAUAUAAAUAACCAUUAUUAUAUAGUUGAAAUGAAAGCCAGACUAAAACAAAACUACACGAACCUUGUAUUAUGUAGAUCAUACUAAUAGAAAGGAGCGAACCUUAGCAGACAUCAGACCUAGAAUCGAUAAAUAAAGCAACCGAUAACCGAUAACAGAUACAAUGAACAGGGUUUGGCUCAAAGCCAAGACACAUUUCAAAUGCAGACAACUAACUCUUCACAUCAGAUACUACACAUAUAUUUACUAGAUACACAGAUACAGACAUAGUACAUGAAUGCAGAUGCCAAAUGCAAAUGCAAAAAAGCAAUACAGAUCAGAUCAGAAACGAUACGUCUUACGUCUUACUUCUAAGUUAGUCACUGGUCCAUCAUCGUAACUGUCGUUCCGUCAUGCCUCAUUAACACAUCAAAUUUAUAUAUAUAUAUAUACAUAUAUAUAUAUAGAAAGCAUUCAUACUAAACUGUUGACUCGCCUUUGUUGCCCGCCUCCUUUGAACUGAGCAGAUAGUUCAGCUGUGUAAAGUUUUUACCAAAUACCUAUUUUAGCCCUGUGUAAGAAAGUCGCUCGGGUGAUGUCUGUACAAGAAGUUUUUAAUUUUACUUUUCAAACUGUAUUAAUAUUGAUUCCGAAACGAAGCGGAUUUUUGUAAGCUGUAUAAUGUUUGUUACUGAAGGAUCAUUUUUGUUCAUUAUUUUUAUAUAUGUAUAUGAGAGAUAUCCGAUUAAAA